CCGCCCUAGCAAAAUUGGAGACCAUAAUUAAUCAAACUAACCAGCCCGAAUCAACGGGCGAAACUCCUCAGCCUGAGCAACCCAAACCCAACCCCCCAGUAGAGAAACCGAAGAACCCUAUUGUAGAAAAUAAUAAAGAAUCUCAGGAAAAUAUUGAUGAACUGUCUCAUCUUCCCUUGGACGAAGCCAAAGUUAAAGCCAAAAAAGAAAUUGAAACUCUAUUUGACCGCUACGGACAGAAUAAUAAAAAUAACCAAAGAGUUGCUAAUCUUCCCUUGGAUGAGGCUAAACAAGCAACUCAAAAUGAAAUCCAGGAAUUACUACAAAAACACCAGAUAGAACUCAGUCGCUUAGACAAAAGCUCGUGA